GGUGGGCGGAUGGACCAAUGAGGAUCCGGGAUCCUGCGGGCCGCUGAAGCCCCGCGGCAACGUCAGGGCCUGGGCACACAGGUGGGCAGGGAGGCGGGGCUUAGAUGGCAGGAAGGCGGGGCUGAAAGUUCCUACUCCCCGGAGGCAGAGAACCAGUUGCAGGUCAUUCCAUGGGCUAAGUAGUGGAUAUCCAGAACCCUACCAGCAGCCAGGUCAGCGCGAGCUCCGAGCUUCUCUUUCUGACUUCAAUAAGCCGAGCACCCUCUCGAAUGGGGCCUUUGACAUUUCAGAUGAUAGAGCGACUGGUGUCAUCCAUAAAUUCCACUCACACCUGUGUGCAUUGUCCCUGCGAACUGGUCUUGCCCAGGACUUUGGCACUUUGGUCACCCUAGUCAGCCUGAUGGGCUCUACACGACUGUGUCCAUGAUGGCGGCGAUCUGGCCCUGAGCCAGUUAAGGACCCACCCUGGUUGAGUCCGGUCUAACAUGAACUCCAGGAUGAUAGCGAUCAUGGUGGGCAUCUUCUCCGUCCUGAACACCAUCCAGUUCUUCAUCUUUGAGCUGAACCAGGUGACGCACAUCGGCUUCGAAGACAAAUACAGCAUCUACCUGGACAAAGAGUCGGAGGUGGCGUCCUGGGUGGUGAUCUACAGGCAUAACAUCAGCACGGGGCUGUCCAUCACCACCAUCGUGGUCAGCUGCUUCUUCCUCUUCUGCCUCGACAAGAACAUGUUCAUCGGGCUGCUGAUCUACACCGUGUGGAUCACCGUCUACGAGCUGCUCAGCUUCACCAUGGUCCUGCUCGUCCACGGCACCAUCAAGGAGCAGUUCAAGGAGCUGAGCCAACUGUACUUGCUCCUGCAGAUCUCCCGCAUGCUCCUGCACUUCACCUCCCUGCCCUUUGUGGUCAAGCACGGCUACACGCUCUACAGAGACCCCAAGGUCAUGAGCUUAGCUGGCCGCCGCAGGCGCUCCUCCAUCAGCACCGUGGACUCGUGGCCCCCCGUCGGGCUGGGGUCGUUGUACCGCAAAACAAACUGAAACCGGGAUUGGGAGGGUCCUCACCCGGGGUCUGCUCAUAUAGCUUGUCUUUUCGGGGGUUUUGAGCUAUAUGCAGCCUGUUAUAGUAUUGGUUAUGUAAUGAUAUAUAUAGAGAGAGAUCUGUUACCUUUAUGUUGACUAUCUCCUUGGUGCCUUUGUUGUUGUUGUUAAAGAUUUACUUAUUUAAUAUAUUUAUGAG